AUGACCCGCUUCCAACGCAUGUACGCUUUCGCCGCAGCACUCGCCUUUGCUGCCAAAAACGCUGCAGGCGCUUUCAAGAUUGGCACUCCAUCUGGUCUAGGCGUCGGCACCACGGGAGGCGCUGGCGGAAAAGUCGUGUACCCCACUUCGAACGCCGAGCUUAUCGCAUACCUGAACGACAUCAGGCCGUUCGUCGUUGUGCUCAACCGAGCUUUUGACUUUCGCGGCACCCAAGGUACGACCACCGAGAUUGGGUGCCGACCGAUCGGAACUCGCAAGUGCAUGGAGCAGAACAACGGCUUCAAGGGCCAAGAUGUGAUCCUUCAGCGAGGUGGCAUGAGCAACACGGGCGGCUGCACCAACGGCACGGAGGUGAUGGUCACGUACGACAACGCUGGAAUCCAACGCCUGCUUGUGAGGGACAACAAGACCAUCCGUGGCAUUGGCAAGAACGGAGUGCUGAUAGGUAAGGGACUGACGCUGCAAAACAACAUCAUUGUCCAGAACAUCCAUAUCACGGAACUAAACCCACACUUGGUGUGGGGUGGCGAUGCGAUUUACAUGGAGGGUUCCAGUGGUGGUACUAUUCCGAACCGCAAAGUUUGGCUCGACCACGUGAAGGUGUCUCGAAUCGGCCGCCAAAUGGUCGUGACGGGCAAGGCUGGUGUGGCUGGAAUGACCAUCACGAACUCGGAAUUCGACGGCAACACGGGCUUUUCGAUGUCGUGCAACGGACACCACACGUGGACCUUCCUGUUCUACGGAAAAAAACACGGACAUCACCAUGCUCAACAAUUACUCGUGCACAUGGUCAACAACUACUGGGGGAAAAACACGGGUCAUUCCAUCGAUGUCGGCUUGAACGGAUACAUUCUCGCUGAGGGCAACCACUUCGACAACACAGCUCUGACCCUCGCAAUCGGUAAAGAGGAAGGCGCGUUGUAUGCAUUCGACCGCACUGUCGGUGCUGACCUCUGCCCACGCUAUCUGGGUCGUCCGUGCGCGGAGAACGUCUUGGUCAGAAGCAGCCACUUGAAGUCGCGCAAUGGGCGCUUGGCUCUUGAGGCGAUGAAGGCGUACCCGAACAUCGUCGACUACAUGUCGAAAACGACGCGCCCUGUCCAUGCGCGCGACUUGGCCAAAAUGCGGGACCAGACGACCGGAAAUUUCGGUGUUGGCAAGUUGGACUGA